GGCAGCCAAGCUUCCGGUGCGUGCGGAGCGCGGAGCGGCGGUUGCUCGCAGAGAGCCGGCACCAGCCGAGGCUGCAGGGCGGACGCGCGGCCGGUCGCAGCCAUGGUGAAGAUCAGCUUCCAGCCCGCCGUGGCCGGCAUCAAGGGCGACAAGGCCGACAAGGCUUCGGCGUCGGCCUCGGCCGCGGCGCCGGCCGCCGCCGCGGAGAUCCUGCUGACGCCGGCUCGGGAGGAGCGGCCGCCCUACCACCGCUACAGGAAGGGGGGCUCGGUGGGCGGCCUGUGCUACCUGUCCGUGGGCAUGGUUGUGCUGCUCAUGGGCCUCGUGUUCGCCUCUGUCUACAUCUACAGAUACUUCUUCCUUGCCCAGCUGGCCCGAGACAACUUCUUCCACUGCGGCGUGCUGUACGAGGACUCGCUGUCCUCCCAGGUCCACACGCGGAUGGAGCUGGAGGAGGACGUGAAGAUCUACCUCGAUGAGAACUACGAGCGCAUCAACGUGCCCGUGCCGCGGUUUGGCGGGGGCGACCCUGCAGACAUCAUCCACGACUUCCAGCGGGGCCUCACAGCCUACCACGACGUCUCCCUGGACAAGUGCUACGUCAUUGAGCUCAACACCACCAUCGUGCUGCCCCCUCGCAACUUCUGGGAGCUCCUCAUGAACGUGAAGAGGGGGACCUACCUCCCGCAGACGUACAUCAUCCAGGAGGAGAUGGUGGUCACAGAGCACGUCAGCGACAAGGAGGCUCUGGGCUCCUUCAUCUACCACCUGUGCAGUGGGAAGGACACCUACCGGCUGCGGCGCCGGGCUACCCGGAGACGGAUUAACAAGCGAGGCACCAAGAACUGCAACGCCAUCCGCCACUUUGAGAACACAUUUGUGGUGGAGACGCGCAUCUGCGGGGUGGCGUGAGGCCGCCCCGACUCCCGGCCCCGCCCCUGCCCUCUUUCUUUUUCUCUUCUGUCCACUCCCUGGCCCUCCUCCUUCCCCUUGCUCAGCUUGUACUUUGGACACCUUUCUGUAGACGUGACGUGUCUCCCAGUUCCUUUCCAGCCCUGCCUGUCUCCCUGUACCAGAGCUGUGACCUCGAGGCCCCACCUCUGACCUCCCAGGUCUGGGGGUGGGGGGGCACCCCAGGAUAGUUUCUGUGAUCACCAUCUUGAAGUUGGGUCCACUGGGGUUGGCCCACAGCUGCAGUGGCAGCCCAGGGGAAGGAUACAUGGAUGGGCCGGGCAUGUGGGGGGUCCUGGGCAAGGUGGGGGUGGGGGAUAGGGUGUGGAAUGGGGUUCAGAAAAGUCUGCACAGUUGGAAAAAUCCCGAAGGGCUUUUUCCUUGGACAGCACACGUCCUCCCGUGUCCUGAUUCCCAGGUCUGGGCGGAGGAGGAGGGAACGUGCCAGAUGCUCCCACCCAGAGCACAAGGGGGGACGGCCGUCCUGGGGAAACCCCAGGACCCCUGUCAGUGCCUUUAGCCCACCAGCGGGAGCCUGGGCUUUGGGGGGUGGGUCUGAGUCUGUCAAGCACAAUCAGUUCUCCAAGUGGAACCAAAGAAGGGAGGACCAGGGCCCGGGCGCAGCCCCCAAAGGGCAUCGCCUCUGCCCGUCCUCUGGGCCGCGGGCCUGCAGGGCCUGCUGAGUGGGUGGGCUGGUUGUUUUCUCCAAGCUUGGAGCUGUUCUAGAAGAUAACAGGGGGAAGGGAGAGCCACCUGGUACUUGGACAUCCCGCUGCCUCCUCGUUCUGAAAUUUUGUUCCCUCUGCUUUGGGGGAAUGCAGUGUUUUUUCCUUUUUUCCUUCUCACUUUUGCAUGUUUUUACUGAUCGUUCAAUAUGCUAACCGUUUUCAGCCCUGAGCCUUGAGGAGGGCUUCGACGCCUCCAGUCAGACUUGGAGAUGAAUCCCGUAAAUGCUUUGUAUAUUUUCUCAAUUAGAUCUCUUUUCAGAAGUAUCUGUAGAACAAUAAAAAUCUUUUGACUUCUGA